AUGAAGAGGGUUUCUCUGAACUUGGGUGAUAUAAUUGAUCCGGAGAUGUCUUCCAGAACUAGGGCAAAGAAGAAGAAGCCACAGUCGUUGAUCCUGUCGCUUCCCGAAGACGUCAUCGUUGACAUCUUAGCGCGUGUAUCGAGAUUCGACUAUCCGAUUCUCUCCCUCGUCUCAAAACACUUCCGAUCACUCGUUGCUUCGCCUGAGAUAUACGCGAGGCGAUCUUUGUUGGGCUGCACCGAACACUGUCUCUAUGCUCUCGCCUAUGACAGGGACAACGAUGUCUACCGUUGGUAUAUUCUCCGCCGGAAAGCCAAUGGCAAUAGCCGCUUCGUGCUUAUCCCUUCACUGCCUGCUAUGCCUAGCAUUGGAAGCAUUGUCGCAGUGGGCUCGAUGAUAUAUGUGUUUGGCGGGAUUAACAAAUACAAUUUGUCAACGAGUGCGUUAACCAUCGAUUGUAGAUCUCACACGGCGCAACCUCUCACCAGCAUACCUGAGCCCAUGUUUCAUACCAUCGCUGAUAUCAUGGACAGAAAAAUAUAUGUAACUGGAUAUAGCUAUUUUGAUGAUUUUGUAUGGAAGAAGGUGAUGGUGGUGUUCAAUACAGAAACACAAAAGUGGGAGGAGCCUGGGGUUGUAAAGGCAAACAUCGAGCUAGGUAACAUUCAUCAUUAUUGCUGUGUGGUGAUGUCUGGUAAGCUGUACACGAGGGAUGAUGAUAACAGCUAUGUUUACGAUCCAAUGGAAAAUAAAUGGGAAACAGACGAGAUGCUGCAUUCAAAGAAGUGGAACAAUGCGCAUGUCGUCGACGGUGUAUUGUACUACUUCGAUAGGGUUGAAAACAUCAUAAGAACGUAUGAUCCAAAGCAGAGAUGUUGGGGAGUGGUGAAGGGUGUGGAAAAAUUGUUGUAUAAGACGAGAUAUAAAGGGUGGUCAAAGAGUACUCAAAUGGUUCAUCUUAUCCAAAUGAAAGCGAUCUACGAGCAAUAG